UGCAACUGAAGAUAGUCACCAUGAGGUGGCAGUGUAGACCGUCACUUUAAUACGUGUCUGGAGUCCAGAACCCCUCCUAGGGGCAGAUCGCAAGGCUUUGGAACAAAGAGACCUCAGUCGACAGCACAUUCAGUGCGCCAGCUGUGGAAACACGAUGAAACACGGCGCCUUUUUCUGCAUUACUUAAAAGAGGAAUAACCUGCAUGCUUUCGGUGGACAGAACUAUGCCUUUUUCGAGUGUCACAUGGAUCUACUUAACACUGACGCUGCUGGAUUGUUGCUUGGAUGCUGCGUCUGCUCAGCUCGCAUAUUCCAUCUCAGAGGAGGCAAACCCCGGCACAUUUGUUGGAAAUAUUGCAAAGGAUCUCAAUUUUAAAGUCCACGAGCUGGAAUCCCGCCUAUUUAAGAUUGUUGCUGGAUCAAGGAAAGCAUAUUUUGAGGUAAACACAAAGACGGGUGCGCUCCACGUUACCGAGAGAAUAGACAGAGAGGAGCUGUGCGGAAAAGCUGCAAAAUGCGCCGUAAAUAUGGAGGCUGUGAUAAACGAGCCGCUGACGCUGUAUCGGAUAGAGAUUAACAUUCUUGACAUUAAUGAUAAUUUUCCAUAUUUCAAUGAAAAAUCACAGAGCAUAGACAUUGCUGAGAGCACGCUGCCUGGAAUUAGGUUCCCCCUGCUGCAAGCUUACGAUGCAGAUAUAGGAAAGAAUGGCAUCAGUGCGUAUAAAUUGAGCUCAAAUGAACAUUUUUCCUUAGCUGUAAGCAAAGACGGGGAGAGCAUUUCCACCGAGCUCGUGUUACAAAAAGCGUUAGACAGAGAAAAGGAGCCUCUCAUCGAGCUGAUUUUAACAGCGUUAGACGAUGGAAGCCCACCGAAGUCUGGAAUAUCACAAAUUCUAAUAAACGUUUUGGAUAAUAAUGAUAACACACCAGUAUUUUCAAAGCCACUAUACAAAGCUCGAUUAUUUGAAAAUGCGCCUAUAGGAACCACUGUAUUGACUUUAAAUGCGUCCGACGCGGAUGAAGGCGCAAACAAAGAGAUCACAUACACACUGAGCACAAAAGAACAGGAUGACGUGCUGCAGAUGUUUCACUUGGAUCCAAACACAGGCACACUGACAGUUAAAGGGAACGUGGACUUUGAAAAACAUCAUGCGUUUGAGAUUCGUGCACAAGCCAGCGACAAAGGCCAACCUCCGAUGUCCACGCACUGUAAAGUGCUCGUAGAAGUUGUGGAUGUGAACGACAACUCACCUGAAAUCACAGUGACGUCACUGCUGAAUACAGUAAAGGAGGACGCGAAAGUGGGAACUGUUGUUGCGCUUGUGUCCGUGUUGGAUAAGGAUGGAGGGGAAAAUGGAGAAGUCCGCUGCGUAAUAGAAGGUGUCGCUCCCUUUAAACUGGAAACGACCUAUAAGAAUUAUUACUCGUUUGUAGUUGAUGGGACAUUAGACAGAGAGAGUGUCUCUGCUUAUAACGUCACCAUAACAGCGACAGACGGAGGAAUCCCCCCUCUGUCUACCACAAAUAUAAUUACUGUGCACGUUUCUGACGUUAAUGAUAACGCACCUCGUUUCUUGUCGCCACACGUGAAUAUUUACGUGAAGGAAAAUGGUGCCGUAGGAGCCGUACUGCAAACAGUGUCCGCAUUUGACAAUGACAUGAAUGAAAAUGGGCAAGUGAGUUACAGUGUUUCAGAUAAGGUCGAUAAUGCUUUCCCGCUUUAUUCAAUGAUAAACAUUAAUUCUGAGACUGGAGACAUAAUUGGUUUGCAGUCUUUUAACUAUGAGGAGAUAAAAACUUUCCAGUUUAAAGUUCAGGCCACAGACUCUGGUGUUCCUCCACUCAGCAGCAACGUGACUGUGAACGUUUUUAUCCUGGAUGAGAAUGAUAAUAAUCCCUCCAUUCUUGCUCCCUAUUCCGAGCACGGCUCUGUGAACAGUGAGAACAUUCCCUAUUCUGCAGAAGCUGGAUACUUUGUGGCAAAGAUCAGGGCUGUAGAUGCAGAUUCUGGGUACAAUGCACUGCUUUCUUAUCACCUAUCUGAGCCCAAAGGAAACAACCUGUUCCGGAUCGGAACCAGCAGUGGAGAAAUCAGAACUAAGAGGAGAAUGAGUGACAAUGACCUGAAAAGUCACCCGUUGGUGGUGUUGGUUUGUGAUCAUGGAGAACCCUCUCUGUCAGCUACUGUGUCUAUUGAUGUAGUGGUGGUUGAAAGGACAGCAGACAUCCAGACUCAGUUCAGACAUGUGCCGAUAAAGGAGGACAGCUUCUCUGUUUUAAACCUCUAUCUGCUGAUCGCUAUUGUGUCGGUGUCAGUGAUCUUUCUGUUGAGCCUCAUCAGUUUAAUAGCUGUCAAAUGCCACAGGACAGAUGGCAGUUUCAGCAGGUACAGCGCCCCAAUGAUCACCACCCACCCUGAUGGGAGCUGGUCUUACUCUAAAUCUACUCAGCAGUAUGACGUGUGUUUCAGCUCAGACACACUGAAGAGCGAUGUUGUGGUUUUUCCCACACCGUUUCCACCUGUAGAUGCAGAACUGAUUAGUAUAAAUGGAAGUGACACGUUUACCAGGACUCAGACUUUACCCAGCAAGGACAAGGUAAGAAUGUAA